UCUUAAUUCGUUUUUCAGUUGCGAAGAUAUCCUCUCUCCCCACUCUCUAAUCAACGGAUUAAUUUCUUUACCGUAUCAGAAAGGCAUUCUUUUAAUCAAGUAAAAAUGGAUGGCGAUAAUCGGCGGCGUGCUGCCCAAGGACAGGCUCAGAUUCCAGGCCAGGUUAUGGGCGGCGUGGCGGCGGCGGCUGCGGGCACGGAAGCCAGUGAUUGGAAGAAUCAUCUACAAGCAGGUUCUAGACAAAAGAUUGUAAACAAGAUAACGGAGACUUUGAAGAGGCAUCUUCCUUUCUCUGGACAAGAGGGACUGCAGCAACUUAAAAAAAUCGCUGUCAGGUUCGAGGAAAGGGUUUAUACAGAAGCAACAAGUCAGUCAGAUUACUUGAGGAAGAUAAGUUUGAAAAUGCUGACAAUGGAGAUAAAACCCAUGAAUUCUACGGCAAAUUCUCGUCAGUCGUCUAAUGCUCCAAUAAAUAGCAAAAAACCCCAAGAACCAGCAUCUCAAACCCAAAUGCGAAAUCACGUUCAGCAACUACCAACUACAAUGGUUUCAAAUCAAUCUCAAAUGCAUAUGCAUGAAGUUGUUACCAAGUUGCAACAAGAUAUAUCCUUGAAGGAAUCAAAGAUCGAGGAGCUUAAAUCGAAGAAUGCUUCACUUGAGAUUCGGGUGUCGGAUUUGCAGGCUCGUGCUGAAAACGAUGAAGAAAGGUAUAAGGAGAUGACUCAUUUGAUGUCGGAGCUGCAGAAAACGGUGGAGGAACUGCACAAGACGGUAAAAGAACUGCAGAAGAAUGCUUAGUGCAAAUAUCUUUUUUCGUUUGUUUUUUUGUUUUUGCACCGUGACCUAGUUAAUGCUCGCUUUUGUUACUUUGUUAUGCUGUACUGGCAUAUGAAUUGAAUUACUCGUGCUUGCACAGUUUGUCCUUUCUCGCCAUCGACUAUACAUACUCUAAGGUAUUCCAGGAUUGAGGAAAAAAAAAACUUAUGUUUUCAAUUCA